CGGAGAAGAGAGCCCAACGAAAUGGAGAAGAGAGUCCCCAAAGACGGGUUCGUCUACAGAGUGAGCACCUCGGGAGAAUGGGAGGAGCUGCAGAGGACGGGCGCCACUCUGGGCGGAAGUCUCGACCGAAGAACUGGAUGUAUUCACCUCAGUGACCUUGAUCAGGUGAGGAUGGUUCUGAACAACUUUUUCCGCGGUAGGGAGGACCUUUACUUGCUCCAAAUCGACGCGACCAAGCUUGGUGAGGAGUUAAUAUAUGAAGCUGCUGAGGACACCUACUUUCCACAUUUCUAUGGCCCAGAUCGGAGCUAUAGGCCGCUUUCUUUAGAUGUUGUCUCCAAGGCGGAGAAGCUGGAACUGAAAAAUGCUGAAUUCACUUGCAGUCUUCUGGACCAGGCAUGAAGCUGAUUCUGUUUCUUCACUUCACAGAUAAACUUCUGCAUUCGGGUUCAAACCAUUGUAAUCAUGAAAAUACUUAUCAUUUUUUGAAUGAAAAUGUUUGAAAUUG